AUGGUUGUCCAUCGCCCCCAACGAUCGCGAACCUUUUCAAAAAGAAGGGGGCCACAACAAGCACCUUCCUCCAACAAGUUCUAUUUCAGUGACCUGAAACGCUUGGUCAAAAACCCUCUCCCGAUUCUGCCUGCCAUCUGGAGGUGGUUCGCGGCGCCCACGGGACAGGUGGACUCACGGGUCCGUUCCAAUAAAUCUUACAAAUCUUUCCUCGACGGAAGGGCCUCGCUUCCUUUCCCUCACGCAAUAUCUCUAGGGGAUCAAUCUCGCCACCAGACUCCCUUGUUCAGGUCUGGUGGUGCAAGUGUGCUCGCGGAACAGUUCUUCGAAGGGAGCGCGCACUUCGCCACUUGGAGUCAGACUUUUCCCACAGGUACCAGUAGCAUUGUCAGCGAGGGUUCGGGCAGUGGAGAAAGUGACGGUCCUCGCGAGGGAUCAAGUGAUGUUUCCCGCGAGGGAUCAAGCAGCGGCACCUUCGAGGAGUCCUUAAACGCCCCCAAGGGAAUCUUCCCCUCCGCGAGCCAGACUGACCAGAAAAUUCAGGCUAGGUUGCGAUUCCGAAACCAGUUCAUCCGGGGCAUCUUCAAGGAGCGAGAGAAAAUUAUGCGCGCUCAGGAGGGACAGGCCAUAGCCAAACGUAUAGCCGAAUUCGCGCGCCGGGAUGCACGCCUGCUCAAAGCUAUGCACCAGCCGGCGGAGGAGGAAGCGAAGCGGCAGGUGGAAGAAGCUGAGAUGCAGAGGGAGCAAGAGAGGCGGCUCCAUGACGCUGCAAUGGCUGAACUGGUCAAUCAGUCCAUCCGUGAGGAGCAGGAGAAGCAAGACCUUCUCCGGGGCCGAUGGGAGGUGUUGCGACAACAGGAGAUAGAGUUUCAGAAUCGCGUCGAGCGCGAAAACGCUGAAUUCCAGCAGGGAAACUUGGACUUCCGACGAAUGAGGUGGAACCACCCGUACAGUUCGAAGUACACCCAGGAACACUUCAUGCGAGUCAAAGUCAAGAGACGAGAGGAGGAUGAAGCGAGACUAAAGGCUACUAAGGAAAAGCUAACAAGGCAAGCGGGUUUGAGGCUACAGGAGUUACGGGAGGAGUUGGAUGAGGAGCUAAGGCAGGAGGCGCUCGAGGAGGCACUCAGGCAGGAGGCGCUCAAGCAGGAGGCGCUCAGGCAGGAGGCGCUAAGGCAAGAGGCUCUCACGCAGGAGACGCUCAGGCAAGAGGAGCUAAGGCAAGAGGCUCUCAGGCAGGAGGCUCUCAGGCAGGAGGCUCUCAGGCAGGAGGCUCUCAGGCAGGAGGCUCUCAGGCAGGAGGCUCUCAGGCGGGAGACGCUCAGGCAGGAGGCGCUCAGGCAGGAGGCGCUCAGGCGGGAGGCGCUCAGGCAGGAGGCGCUCAGGCGGGAGGCACUCAGGCGGGAGGCGCUCAGGGAGGCGUUGAAGGAAACUGCGGAGGCGAAUGCUCGUACAAAACAGGCCAUCAACCCCUUGCGGCAAAUUCUUGAGGUGUACGACAAAAAAUGGGCUAUCAUCGGGGAGAGAGAGAAGGGAGACACCAUAUGCUUUGGUUGGGCCGAUAUGCCAUUUCCCCUUUUCGACAUCCCCCCCAUAGGCGCAUCAGAUCAAAUCACUCUCGACAACGUUCGCAAGUUCCUAUUCCAUCCGUUGAGGCAAGGCUUACAGACCUUUUCGAAGAAGUCUAUUCUACGCAAGGAACUGCUUCGGUGGCAUUCCGACAAAUUCGACUCCAAUGUACUAUGUUAUAUCUACCCUCAGGAGAAGGCUGCCGUGCAGGACGCCGCGGGAGUUGUGGCUAGACUUUUGACCCAGCUGAUGCGAGAAAUGGACAAUCAGUAA